UCCGCCUCUCCAGGUGCCGGCGGCUGAAGCCGGGAAACAUGGUGGCUGCCUGUGUUGUCCGCAAGGGUUUGACUGCCCUGGCAGGGUUGUUGCUCUUGUCCUUCGGCACCUUGGCCGCUAGUCAGAUCGAGGAUCAAACAGAACAGUUCUUUAGAAGUGGCCACACAAACAACUGGGCUGUUUUGGUCUGUACAUCCCGGUUCUGGUUUAAUUAUCGACAUGUUGCAAAUACUCUUUCUGUUUAUAGAAGUGUCAAGAGGCUAGGUAUUCCUGACAGUCACAUUGUUCUGAUGCUUGCAGACGACAUGGCGUGCAACCCUAGAAAUCCCAAACCCGCUACAGUGUUUAGUCACAAGAAUAUGGAACUAAAUGUUUAUGGAGAUGAUGUGGAAGUAGAUUAUAGAAGUUAUGAGGUGACUGUGGAGAAUUUUUUGCGGGUAUUAACUGGCAGGAUCCCACCUAGUACUCCUCGGUCAAAACGCCUUCUUUCUGAUGAUAGGAGCAAUAUUCUUAUUUAUAUGACCGGACAUGGUGGAAAUGGUUUCUUGAAAUUUCAAGAUUCUGAAGAAAUUACCAACAUAGAACUUGCAGAUGCUUUUGAGCAAAUGUGGCAAAAAAGACGCUACAAUGAGCUUCUGUUUAUUAUUGACACUUGUCAAGGAGCAUCCAUGUAUGAACGAUUUUAUUCUCCUAACAUAAUGGCUUUAGCUAGUAGCCAAGUGGGAGAAGAUUCACUCUCGCAUCAACCUGAUCCUGCAAUUGGAGUACACCUUAUGGAUAGAUAUACCUUUUAUGUCUUGGAAUUUUUGGAAGAAAUUAAUCCGGCUAGUCAGACUAAUAUGAAUGACCUUUUUCAGGUCUGCCCCAAAAGUCUGUGUGUAUCUACCCCUGGACAUCGCACUGAUCUUUUUCAGAGGGAUCCUAAAAAUGUCCUGAUAACUGAUUUUUUUGGAAGUGUGCGGAAAGUGGAAAUUACAACAGAGACUCUUCAUUUGCAACCACAUUUAGAAAUCAUGGAAAGCAGUUACAAGAAAGACUGGAUGGAUGAGGAACUAGUGGAACCUCUGAAAUAUGCUGAACAACUUCCUGUAGCUCAGAUAAUACACCAGAAACCAAAGCUGAAAGAUUGGCAUCCUCCUGGGGGUUUUAUUCUGGGAUUGUGGGCACUCAUUAUAAUGGUUUUCUUCAAAACUUAUGGAAUCAAGCAUAUGAAGUUCAUUUUCUAGAUGUGAUGAAUGAAGAAGACUGCAUGGAAGACUAUCACCUUGGAUAAAAUGUUAUGCCAUUACAUUUUUUAAAAAAAUACACUGUUCUGUGUGAAUUGGGCAAAAAGUAUAGGGAUACUAAAAUUGAAUGAACUAUUGACUUGAUAACUUAAAAACAAUUGUUAAUGCAAGUGCUAAAUAUACUUUUUUUUGUUGUUCAUGUUAUUAAAAUGAUGGGACAGAGAGAUCUUAAUGGCUGUUUUUGAAAAUAAGAAUUUCCCCUAAUUUUACUCCCUUUUCAUUUGGAAAAGAAAAAAAGUGUGAAGACAUUAAAUUCUCACUAGCAGAUGUAAA